GCCUAUCAUCCAAUCACAAAAGACUUUAGUAGAGCUUGACCAAUGAGGGCAGUGAUUGUUACGGUGCCGUUUGUGGAAGCUGUCAACGGGAAGUUCAAUUUAACUGCAUGGUCAGAGGAUUGAAUCUCACAUUUAUAGGUGGAGAUGUUCCGGCGUGUUCUGGGGAAGACCCUGGGGUUUGUGGGCUACACAGUCCAGUAUGGCUGCAUCGCACACUGUGCCUUCGAAUACAUUGGAGAAUUUGUGGUGUGCUCCGGUCCAUCCAUGGAGCCUACCAUUGUCAACCACGAUAUUGUCUUCUCUGAACGGAUGAGUCGUCAUCUUUGCAAAAUCGAAAAGGGCGAUAUAGUGAUUGCAAAAAGUCCAUUCGACCCAAAUAUGAACAUAUGUAAAAGGGUAAUUGGGUUGGAGGGAGACAAGGUUUGCACAAGUGCCCCAUCAGAUGUGUUCAAGAGCCACACAUAUGUACACAAUGCCUCGCGUCGACCCAGCCCACAACCACAGGACGGGUGCAAUCUCUGCCAUCCAUCACACCAGAGCUGCCGGCAGGGCAGAUUAAAGUGACUCCGUGUUGGGGCCUACCUCGAUCUGUGUGGUUGGAAACAUCAUCUGUUCUGCUGUCAAAAAGAAACAUGUUGAUUCUGUUUAUGUGCUAAAACAAAUGACAAAUGACUUGUGUAUUUUACCAGGCAAAAAAAAAACAAAAAAACAAGUGAGAUUCAUACCUUUGUGGCUGAAACAGCAUUUGUCUUAAAUAGAGUCAAAGAUGGCACUUGAUCUGGUUUCACUGCUGUUUUGCAGCAAUAUAAGUUCUUAUUCAGAGGUUUGCCUUUAACUUACAAUGUGUUUUUAUCCUCGCUCACACACCUGUGACUUGCAAGGUGAUAUGCAUAAGCUUUUAUCCUCAUGCUGGCCACAGUGCGGCAGUUCAGGUUUCAGACCACUUCACUUUCUCACUUUUCUGAAAUACUGCCUGGUUGAUCUUUAAAGUACUCUUGUCUUUACUCAGGCUCUGGUUUUUCUAUGAGGUCAUGACUCAAAAUCAAAGUCCCGUCUUUCACUGUUGUCAAUCGGAUUGAUUGGCCCUCUUAGGGAUUUCACUCAGGCUGGACUGUAAUAGAGCUGAAGUGAUGUCGAGAGCGGCUAUGAAAAGUGUGUUCAUGUGUCGAAGGUGGUGGUUUUACCAAAUUCAGGACAAAGGUGAAAUUCCUUAAUCAAACCUCCACAUCUUUAGGGUGAGUUUAAGGUGAUGGUUUUUUUUCUUUUUUUUAAAGGAAGAUGAGGAGAAACGGGGGGUUCUGGUUUGGCAGAUGACAAACGGUGGUGUUUCUUUUUCCUGUGCUUGGGAGCCAGCAUAUGUUACCAUGUUAAUGAGGUGUAAUGGUGGGAAUCCAGCAUGCUGACAUAUGGUUCUCAGAUGACUCCUUUAAUGAUAUUCAUUUGUGUCGUCGUUAUUCAGUGAGUUGUUUACCUCGUGUUAGGUCAACAUGUCACUGGCUCAUGAUUAUGUCACAUCAUCUGUCUCAAUUAUCGAAUAUGAAAUGAAACACAGCAUCCCACUGUAGGACUGAAAACUCUAAUCAGAGAGCUGGGUGAUAGGAAUAAGGAAUACGAGCUGAGGCGAAGACGUGACGUCACCUCAGUGUGGAUAAUAUUCUGUUUCUUUAUUCAUGUUAUUCUCUUUCCUCCAGAGGACUUUUGCCGUUAAAAAGUUAGGCAACACAAAAAUAGACUCGUGGAUUGUGAUGCCCAUUAUGACAAUAUAAUGUGUUGUUGAUCCUGUCUGCACAUAUAGGGGGGACAGCGCACUUAAUUAGGGCCUUGACAAGCCUACUCUUCUAAAGUGAUGAGAUUAAUCAUAAUUGGUGUCACUGUGAAUUAGAGCCCGCUUGGAUGACUGCCCCACUGGCAGGUCGGACCGCGGUGGAGACCCUUGGACACUGCUGCUAGCCGCAGCUUAGCCUUCUUUUUCUCCCCCUCUCUCUCUCUCCCUCUCUCUCUCUCUUGUUCUCUCUCCCUCUCUCUCCCUCUCUGCCCAGCUAUCUCAGGCCCCUCUCUAGCUUUGCCCUCUCUGGGUAACAGGGGCGCAGAUCUCAGCCAACAGCCUAAUGACCCUGUUUGAAGUUCUUCUAAGUCCCUCUCGACCCUGCCCGUUACCCAUGACCCCUCUCCUAAGACGGUACGGGGUUAAAGAGGGACAGGCAGGUUGACGUUAAGAUAGGCUUUGGCGGGAGGGAUGGCUGAGGUAACUCGUUGGGAAUAGGGGGUGGGGUUACGGUAGAUUCUCACUACAUAAGCAACUCAUUUAGAGUUAAAGUUAAGUAGUGCAGCAAUUUUGAUUUGUCUUUGGUUCCUUUGUUUUGCAAUAAAACAGUAUAACAGUAUAAUAAUUUUUUGCUCCCUUUUCUAUGUGGUAAUGUUU